AUAUCCGUCAUGAGCUGUCACUCUGCAUGACCGUUGGGCUACCAACUGUGCCCGGCUUAAUGCAACAAAUCAUAGCAAAACAUUAGCAAAAAAAUGCUACUUGUAUACAUCAUGCCAAGUGUCGUACGUUUCGGGCAUGUUUACUUUUCCUAAUGUGCCGAAUAUUUGCAUAAUUCGGCAUACAGCCGUACAUUAUGCGUACGUGAAGCUGCACACCGGAUCGAUUUUCACACAUUCCACAGUAAGCAUAGUGUAGUAGUGCAAAUAAGCAUCGCCACAAUGUCGUUAUUUCACUGGACGGAUGGUAACAUCCACACAACAGCUCUUACGCCACGAGAUUAUCAAACCGAACUGUUGGCGAUGGCUCGGGAGGAAAAUCUCAUCGUGUGUCUGGCUCACAAUUCCGCCAAAGAAUUCCUUGCCGUGAAGCUUAUCCAAUCGAUGCGGUCCGAACGGUGGGAACAUCCGGAGACGACCGCACGGAAAACGGUUUAUCUGACACCGCGUGUUGAUCGAACGUUACUAUCGUCGAUGGUAUCGAAUCUGACCGACCUGAAAGUUGCUAAUGUAGGCUUGGAGGCGUUCAGUGAAGAUUUGCACGAGCUGGACACAUCCGGACAGUCGGCAGUAUCGACGGAUGUAGCUUCGGCAGAUGUGCUAUUCUUCGGCAGCGACUCAACGCUGCUGGAGUACAUCGAACAAGGAAAGGUUCAGACUGAAGACGUCAGCUUACUGAUUGUGGAAGAAUGCCAUAAAAGCUAUGGUCAUCAGGAAUUAUGGGAGAUAUGUUCCCGACUCGUCUGCAAGAUGAAUCAAAGGACGAGAAUAUUGGGUCUCGCGGGUCCUUUACACGGUGCGGGUUGUACGCCGGAACGAUUAUGCUGGGAAUUGCACUACCUCGAACGGUGCCUCCGAGCACGUAUCGAAACGGCAAGCGACAUUACGAGCGUUCUUAGAUUUAGCACUAAGCCCACCGAACUUAUUCUGGAAUGUGUUCCAGCACAUCCGUCAAAACUUAGUCAGAAUCUUCGGAAGUUAAUACAAGGCCACAUAACUUAUCUGCAGAAUCAUCGGUACGAUCCACUAGCGCUGUAUGAUCUCGAUAGUAACGAAAGCGCUAGCGAUAAAGUCGGUGCCGAUGGGAAAUCGGAUCGCGAUGAGGAAGAGGACGAUCUGCGCCGCGAGUUGCGUUCGAUUCCCGAUCCAACGGUAGCACCCUUAAGCUACCUUCAGCAGUAUCUUGAUCUGUUGGCCGAAUUCGGACCGUGGGGUGCUGAUCGUGGUGCACUGGAACUGUUAACGACGAUUGAGAAGGAAAAGAUUCGAACACCUUACGAGCGACACUUUCUGUUGCUUCAGCUAGUGUCGACUGCGCUGGUAUCGACACGGGCCAUUGUUGCAUCCGUUUUCGCUCAAUACACUACGGAGCUGGAACGCAUCAAGCGUUUCUCAACGCCAAAAGUUGGCCGUCUGCUCGAGGUACUGGCAUGGUUCGGUGAGCAACGAAACCGUCCAAAGGAACGGUGCCCGCAGGCCACCCUUCACCAUCAGCAUGUGCAUCAUCAGGCAAAAAUUCUGUACUGUUUCUGUCGUAAUGGUGAGUGUAACGAUUUGGAAAAACGCUACCACUCGUUCGAAGCACAAAUUGCGCACGUUGACGAAAGGAUCAAGCGGUUGGAAGAUUUGCUGGGUGCCACACGCAAGCAAGCCGAACGGUUGUGCCAAAAACACAAAGCUAGCGAACUGUUGUCCACCGACGGUAUUAAUGGAAUGCAGUCACCACGCCACGACGGACGGGUGAACAAUUUCCGUAGGAAACGUUUCCCCGGCGGUAUGGGAGGUGGCCAUUCGCAUCAUAAAUCGAACGAUACGACCGAUGCGUUGUGUGGUUUAAUAUUUUGCAACAACCGCUCGAUGGCACGCAUACUUUACGUGCUGCUGUACGAAAUAUCACGUUCGCAACGUGAGUUUGACUUUAUCAGCCCGCAGUACACGGUCGACAAGGUGGCCAAUCCGCAAACGGACGCUCAGCAGGCUGCCCUGGAGCAUCGCAAGCAGGAGGAAGUGUUAAAACGCUUCCGGAUGCAUGAAUGUAAUCUGCUCAUUGGUACGUCCGUGCUGGAGGAAGGCAUUGAGCUGCCAAAGUGCAAUCUGGUUAUCCGUUGGAACAGUCCCUCGAACUAUCGAUCGUAUGCACAGUGUAAGGGUCGUGCGAAAGCACCGGGCGCUUACCAUAUUUUGUUCGUUACACCAGAACAAUUGGUCGCCUCGUCGGCGGAACAAGCGGAACCGGUGGACGAACCGCUUAGGAACGAUUCACAAGCGAACGAAUGUGAGGCAGAGAAGGAUGAACCGAAUCUAGAACUGAUCAAACGAUCUACCGAUGCGAUGAUCGAACGGGUUGCAAUUUAUCGGGAAGUUGAAAAGCUACUGCUUGCCAAAUGUCGCAAUGGUGAACCUGUCGAAUGGGAACUGAAACAUGCCGAAUGCUUCAAUCACUGUCUCGAGGUGUACCGUCCUGGCAUCGAUAAUCCAUCGAUUGUCGGACCGCCGUGUGCCUCGCUGUGGCUGGGAAAUGCCGUCCAAACGCUGAACAAAUACUGUGCCAAGCUACCGAGCGAUACAUUCACCAAGCUAACGCCUAUCUGGCGCUGUGCAACAACCGUGCGGAAAGGUAGAACGCUGUACCAGUACACGAUCCGGUUGCCAAUAAACUCACCCUGGAAGGAAGAUAUAUUGGGUUUACCGAUGCCCACGGAAACGCUGGCCCGUCGGAUGGCCGCUUAUAUGUCCUGCCGGAUGUUGCACGCCGCUGGAGAGCUUGACCAUUCUUUUCAACCUUACGGCAAGGAAGCGUUUCGUGCAUUUGAAUCCGAUUGGGAAAACUUCGAACUUGAGGAAACGGACGCCAAGAUACUGUCGGAAAAUAGUGACCCACGUCCGGGGACCACGAAGAGACGGCAAUACUACUAUAAGAGGAUCGCUUCAGUAUUUAAUGACUGCCGACCGGACGUAGGUACGGUGGCCUAUCUUUACCACAUACGCAUGGAGCUAAUCUGUCCGAUACCGGAGGAGCAAAAUACGCGUGGCCGUAAAAUAUAUGCACCGGAAGAAUCUCCGCAAGGAUUUGGCAUUUUGACAACGAAACUAAUACCAAAGAUAAGUUCCUUUCCAAUAUUUACCCGUUCCGGUGAGGUGAAAGUUUCGCUCGAUCUGUGUCCGCAACGAGUGCAUCUUUCGGCGCAGCAACUGGAAAUGGUCAAUUGCUUCGUAAAGUACACCUUCACCAAGGUGUUGCGCUUGCAAAAGAGCCUCAUGCUGUACGAUUCGAAUGCGGUUGAGAAUUGUUUCUUCAUCGUACCAACCAUAAGGCGAUCGGGUGUGCCGAACGGUAGCGACGGCCAACCGGACAAUGUAAUGGUUGAUUGGGAGUUUGUGGAGAAAAUUGCUACCAACGUGUAUCGCAGUGGGCCAACGUUUAUACCGGACGAAGCGCGCCAAGGAUACGCGUUCGAUGUGGGCAAGUUUCGGGACGCAGUUGUAAUGCCCUGGUAUCGCAACCGGGACCAACCGCAAUACUUCUAUGUGGCGGAAAUAUGUAACCAUCUGUCGCCGAAGAGCGCCUUCCCCGGGUCAAACUAUGCCACGUUCGAGGAAUAUUAUCACCGCAAGUAUAGCAUACACAUUCAAAACCAACGCCAACCGCUGCUGGAUGUUGACCAUACGAGCGCUAGACUUAACUUCCUAACGCCGCGGUACGUGAAUCGCAAGGGUGUAGCGCUACCGACCAGCUCGGAAGAAACGAAACGUGCCAAGCGUGAAAACUUGGAGCAGAAACAAAUUCUUGUGCCCGAGCUGUGUACGAUACAUCCGUUUCCUGCUUCGCUGUGGCGUGCAGCGGUCUGUCUGCCGUGUGUACUCUAUCGCAUCAAUGCACUGCUGCUGGCCGAUGAGAUACGGCGUCAGGUUGCGCGUGAUCUGCGCCUAGGUUGGGAAAAUGUCGAUGAGCUACGGGCAGGGCACUUCCAAUGGCCAAUGUUAAGCUUCGGCUGGAAUCUGGCUGAUGUGUUGCGCAAAACAAAGGAACAGAAAAUAGCACAAUCGGUUGGUGCAGAAAACGAACCGCUUGCAGAUUGUGCUGUUGCCGAUGAAAAGGAACGGGCGAAUGGAGAAGAGGCUAUUGUAGAGGUCGAUGAAGAAGAUGGUUUAAAAAAGGAAAAAGGUACGCUCGAUGGCGAUGAUGAUGACAACGCUAGCGCGGAUAAGGAAAAAGAAGGAAAGGAAACGGAUGCCGACGGAUCGUUACUUGAAAUCGGUACAUGGUCUAAUGAAAUGGCGGCCGGAGUAGCAACCGGUGAUGAUAACGAUGAUAUGGAAGAUGGAGUCAGAAGAGGUCCAUCGUCGCCUUCAUUUCUUCGGUACGAUUCCGAUUGUAGUAGCAAUAGUAGUGCAAAUUUUUACUGUUCCGAUUCCGACUAUUAUGAAGAGGAAGAUCACUAUCUGUUUGACGACACGGACAGACCAAUAAAUGGUUUACCAGCCAUCGAAGGUCCAGAAGCGGUUACGAAUGCGGCAAACGAAUCAAACAGCAAGGGAUGUAAAAAGCUAGCCGCAAACCAGCAAGAAACAACGGUAAACCUAGGCGGACGGUUGAAGAUCGAGUUCAAAACGGAAAACGAUGCUGAAGCGAUCGAUUCCGAGUGUGAUUUGCAGCGCCGCCGCACACAGCAAAGCAUCAUCCAACGGUUACGCCAAAACGAUAUGCUUUAUCAAAGCUCAAAGAACGCGGUGGAUGGAUUCUGUUAUUCGCCGAGCGAUCGCUUGUGUGCCGAGGAACGUCAAACGGCGGAACAAAGCUUUGAGGAGCAGAAAAAUCACACCAAAGAUACGAUCCGACAGCAGGGGACGCUUGUGCGAUGGAACGAACAGCUGUCCGUACGUCACUGGCGUUCGAAGCUGGAGGAGGAAGAAUUGGCUACUCUUAGCGCCCUAAUGGACGAUCUGGGUGGGUUACCGUUCCGGGAGUUCGUACCGUACGUUGAGGCGGAACAAUUGUUCGAACUGUUGGUACGGAACGGAAGCAACGGUGAACGAUGGCUCCGGUUGGACGAUCUGUACGUUCUGAAUGAACCAUACUUUCCCGAGCGUUACACGGUGCUUCGUGGCGGUUCGCAGUUCGAUAACUUUCUGGACGAAACCCACGAGCAUUCGGAUCCAUCGCAAGGGAAAGUGAUCGAGCUUACCAUUCGCGAUCCAUUUCCUGCAAUAGCCGCCGGACAGACGGCGUGCAACUACAAACCGAAACAUUCCAUGCGCAGUGGGGCAACGGGAAACAGCGGUACCGACAGCAGCCCGUGCGUUCUUAGCGAUGGCGAAAGGUUCAGUUUCGACUAUCAGCCAGAUUUGAAUCAACAUCCCGGGCCGAGUCCGGCGAUCAUUUUGCAAGCGUUAACCAUGUCGAACGCGAACGAUGGUAUCAAUCUGGAACGGCUCGAAACGAUUGGUGAUUCCUUUCUAAAGUACGCCAUCACGACCUAUCUGUACUGUCGGUACGACAACGUGCACGAGGGCAAGCUGAGCCAUCUGCGAUCGAAACAGGUGUCGAAUUUGAACCUUUACCGGUUGGGGCGAAGGAAACGGUUGGGUGAUUGUAUGAUCGCGGCCAAAUUUGAACCACACGACAAUUGGUUACCGCCAUGCUACUACGUCCCAAAGAACCUUGAACAAAAGUUGAUGGAUGCAAAGAUUCCUGCCUGCCAUUGGAAUCUGGCCGAUCUACCCGAUAUCAAGCGCCUGUCGUGUGACGAAAUAUGUGAAAUAAUCAAAGAACGAUCGCGUGCAAAACGAAAGGAAGAUCUCGAGCAAAUCGAACUGCCAGCAACGGACGCCUGCAACGGCGACAAGGACAGUGAAGAUGAUGACGAUGAUGAAGAAGAUACGAUCAACGGUGAAGAAAUCGAUGAUGAGAUGGAUUACAACUCCUGCUUCAUUCCCUACAAUCUGGUAACGCAACACAGCAUCCCGGACAAAUCGGUAGCGGACUGCGUGGAAGCACUGAUCGGUGCAUACCUGAUCGAAUGUGGCCCCCGGGGAGCUUUACUCUUUAUGGCAUGGCUCGGUAUACGGGUGCUUCCGAUCCGGGAACCACCGCAGCAAAUGCGCGAUCAAUCAAACCCACCGACUGCACUUUCACGCUACGAAGAGAUCGAGCGGGAUGCGUUGCAAACCACUGCCACGAUUACCGAGUACGGCCAUUGGGUCGCACCACCUUCGCCCAUGGUGCGGGCCAACAUAACGUUCGGUGGUAUCGAUAUAGGGGCCACUGCGACAGCUCGUGAGCUUGCGAGACUUUUGCAAGGAUUCGCCGUGUUUGAGGAGGUACUCGGCUACCAGUUCCAGGACCGCUCGUAUCUGCUGCAAGCCAUGACACAUGCGUCAUACAGCCCGAACCGUCUGACGGACUGUUACCAACGGUUAGAAUUUCUCGGCGAUGCUAUCCUUGACUACCUAAUCACGCGCCAUCUGUACGAGGAUCGAAGGCAACAUUCACCGGGCGCCCUAACCGAUUUACGGUCCGCGCUCGUGAAUAAUACGAUCUUUGCAUCACUGGCCGUACGCCACGGGUUCCACAAGUACUUCCUGCAUUUGUCGCCUGGUUUGCAGGAGGUCAUUGACCGAUUUGUGCGCAUCCAGCAAGAGAAUGGACACCGCAUUACGGAGGAAGAAUACUAUCUGCAGGACGAAGAUGACGAACUGGGAGAGUUUGGUAUGGCAGUGCAGGUUGGUGUGGGUGGUAUCGGUGAGGAGGGCGGUGGUAUUGCCGAUGGCAGAGGUAUCGGUGAGGCGGAAGACGUCGAAGUACCAAAAGCGUUGGGCGAUGUGUUCGAAUCGAUCGCCGGUGCCAUAUUCUUAGAUUCCGAUAUGUCGCUCGACACCGUGUGGAAGGUUUACCGCAAAAUGAUGGGCCCGGAAAUAGAGAAAUUUAGCAGCUCGGUACCGAAAUCACCAAUACGUGAGCUGCUGGAAAUGGAACCGGAAACGGCCAAAUUUGGCAAACCGGAGAAAUUGGCCGAUGGUCGACGCGUUCGGGUUACGGUGGAAGUAUUUGGCAAAGGUAAAUUCCGUGGCAUCGGCAGGAACUAUCGCAUCGCCAAAUGUACGGCAGCAAAGUGUGCCCUUCGGCAGCUAAAAAAGCUAAGUAAUGCAAAUCACCACAAACGUCGAUAAAAACAAAAGUGCAAUAGACGCACAAUGUACUAGUUUUGCCCUUUCUGUCAACCCAUAUUUAUACGUAGUACAUGUUUGUGCGAAGUAAGACGUGUGAAAUUAUAAUUAGUACAAUAUAAGGUAACAACGUAACAGUCGAAUAUGUGGAAAAAGAAUAAAUAAUGUAUCCCAAACUUAAAUCAAGCCAUUGUGAGUGUGAUUGUUGUAAUUGGUUGAAUGGUAUCAUUAUAAAGACUUUCAGCCAAGAGCCAUGGUUUGUUUUAACUUGAUACGUGGUUGGUACUUUAUAACACGUAUUUAAUUAGUAAAGAGCAAUGUUACUUCAUCUUCAGAAACAACUGAUCAACGCAACUGUCCUCAAUGUGCAUUUGAGGUAACAUUUUUUUAGCUUUUUGACGACUAUGGUGACUUAUGGAAAUCUUCCAGUUGCGUCACAUGCUGCCUAUUAAUGAAAUGCAUUUAUCGUAAGAUGCUGGACCACGUGUACAACGUAACACAUCGAAAGCGAAAGCGUCCACAGCAUUUAAAUACGAAAGCAUAACGAAAACAAGAAGUUCAUUGGAGUUCUUCGUUGCAAUGAGUCGCAAGUCGUGACGAUUCGCAUGGUCAAGAUGAUAAUAGACCAUCUAUUUCUUAUCCCAAAACUCUUCAAGCCUGGAACCUAACUCCAAUAGCAAUGGAGUCCUCAAGUUUGCCGAUCGUAUCAAACCGAAUGGCGUCCCCAAUGAAGCAGUCAAGCAGAACACUUGCGUCAGACCAGUUCCCGUCGGCAUGGCAACAAGUCAG